AUGUUUGCUUUGAUCCUUAUCUCAUUAUUUAUUUUACCCAUGCUUAAUGCUCAACGUCUUCAGUCUGAAUUCAAAAACAAUGAUGAAUUACUGACAGAACGUUCAGUAGCAGCUAAUUAUUUAUCUGGUGUACCAAUAAGACAAUAUCAAGAUCAAUUAUAUGAUUCACCCAUUGACAGUCUAUCGUUAUUAGUUGUACCAGAUAGACAUGAUCAACUACAACAACAACAGCAACGUGCAAAGCGGAUCUAUUGGGAGAAUCUUGCAUUUCAUGCAGCUGAUUAUAAUCAAAAACCCAAAAAGGUCUAA